AUGGAGCAUGCCACGGUGCAUGGUGUUGGUAAAGUGGUGACUCUUCUAAGGUCUAAAGGUCACCGAGUCACAGCCCUUGACAUGGCAGCUGCAGGCGUUCAUCCUAAGCGUUUGGAGGAACUGACCUCCUUCUCCGACUACUGCAACCCUUUGCUGGAAUUUUUGGCGGCUUUGACGUCAGAGGAGAGGGUGAUUCUGGUUGGCCAUAGCCUUGGUGGACUUUGCAUAUCUCUUGCCAUGGAAAGGUUCCAUCAGAAAAUUAAAGUUGCUGUUUUUGUCACAUCCGUCAUGCCUGGUCCUGAUAUUGACAGUCGUCCCAUUCAUCAAGAGUUCCCCAAACAGCUGGAUUACAUGGAUAUCCAAUUAACAUUUGGAAAUGGAGUGGACAAACCUCCCACCUCCCUCCUCUUUGGCCCCAAGAUUUUAUCUAGUCAGUUAUAUCAGUUGUCCCCUCCCGAGGUUAGAACACCAACAAUUACUAAAUUAUGGUGCAUUUGA